CUUCCUUCAUAAGCCACCACUCCCAUUUAUAUACAUCUAUCCUAAAGCCAUAUACAAUUUUCCUCAAUACAUAUAUAUACACUCGUUCAUAUAUAAUUCUCUCUGAUCUUAUUAUUUCCUUUCAAGUCUCUUAAUUUCUCUAUAUUUCAAAAACUCAAACCCUAAAAUGAACGACUUGUUCUCCGGCUCCUUCUCCCGCACCAAUGACCAAGUCUCGCCGGACCACCACCAUGUGAUCGAGAUGGCGGCCACCGCAUCGCCAACGGCCGAGGGAAGCGUGAAUCUCGAAAAGUUCUUUCAAGAAGUUGAGCAGGUAAAAGAGGAGCUGAAGGAGCUAGAGCGUCUCCAUGAAAAUCUGCGUGGGUCCCACGAGAAAAGCAAGAUCCUUCACAGCGCCAAAGCUGUGAAGGAACUUCGCUUACGCAUGGACAGUGACGUGACACUUGCUCUAAAGAAUGCAAAGCUCGUUAAGGUUCGGCUUGAGGCACUGGACCGGUCCAACCAGACCAGUCAAAGCUUGCCUGGUUCGGGACCUGGUUCGUCCUCAGACCGGACCAGAACGUCCGUUGUGAGCGGACUGAGGAAGAAGCUGAAGGACUCGAUGGACAGCUUCAACAGCCUCAGACAAAAGAUAUCGUCAGAGUAUAGGGAAACCGUGCAGCGUAGAUAUUAUACUGUCACCGGAGAGAACCCUGAUGACAAAACCAUUGAUCUCCUUAUUUCUACGGGUGAGAGUGAAACAUUCUUGCAGAAGGCGAUCCAGCAGCAAGGUAGAGCCAGUGUGAUGGACACGAUCCAAGAGAUUCAAGAGAGGCACGACACAGUCAAGGAAAUAGAGAGAAACCUAAACGAGCUCCACCAAGUGUUCUUGGACAUGGCCGUGCUGGUGCAGUCCCAGGGCGAACAACUGGACGACAUCGAGAGCCACGUGGCACGCGCCAAUUCGUACGUGCGGGGUGGGGUCCAGCAGUUGCACGUGGCAAGGAAGCACCAGAAGAACACCCGAAAGUGGACAUGCAUAGCCAUCAUACUGCUCAUUAUUAUCAUCUUGAUUAUAGUCCUCCCUAUAGUUCUAAGAAAUUGAUUGAUCACAUAUUCUAAUUGGUUCAAGGUGGUGGCUGCCAAGAAAUUGGACUAGUUCAAACUUCAAAGAUUAUUAGUCAGGUCAAUUCAUGCUGCCUAGACCAUUGCAUUAGAAAAAUAUAUACCUUGGCUUUUGUAAUCAGUUUUGUUUUCUUCUUUUUGGUCGCAUCAUGUGUUGAUUAGUUUACAUUUUCCACGUACCCAUUUGUACAUGUUUGAAGAUUGAGACAUUUUGGUUUGGUUUGGUUUCUAGAAGCCUAUGUAUGGACACGGUGCUUGCAUGUACCGUUUAGAAUUAUUACUUUACUACCGGGAAGAGAACUCAUUGAAGCGGUUUUAUUCUAGCUAGCUAGGGAGAGAAACGCUAAGCCAGGGUGAUGUUCAUGGUGGUACAUUCUUUUGCAAAUAUGUAUUUAAUUUUAAGCAGUUCUAUAUGGGUGAACUACUAUAGGCAUUGCAGGAGUUACUUCAAUUGCUUUGCGUGUUUAUGCCAUUGCAUGUACAAAAGAAUUGCACCUUUUUCA